CAAAUUUGUAGGUUAUGGUUAUGGAGGUUAGCUUAUUACUUUUUCCAAGGAGCUCCAUACUUUUUUGAUAAACACAACAAUGAUAAUCUUGAAAUCGCUUUUCUCAAGAGUGAGAGUUCUUCGUACAAAGAACAUGGCAACAUUUUCUACAAAACCUAAGGAAGAACUUAUCAGUCUCGACUCGCAAAAAAUUAAUUAUUUGAAAAUCGGAAAUGGUCCAAAUAAUGUUUUAUGUUUUCCUGGAGCCUUAGGUACGAUCUGGAGCGACUUCAAACCUCAAAUAGAGGGUUUGGAUGGCCAAAAAUUCACAGUUUUAGUUUGGGAGCCUCCAGGUCACGGUUUUAGUAGGCCUCCGGAAAGGCUGUUAACUUCCAAGUUUUACGAGGAAGAUGCUGAUACCGCUCAUGAUUUAAUAAAGGCUCUUAACUUCCACCCCUUUUCUCUGUUGGGUUGGAGCGAUGGUGGAAUAUCAGGAAUGAUAUAUGCCGCAAAAUAUCCCAAAUUUAUAGAAAAAUUGGUAAUAUGGGGCUCCAACUCUUAUGUGCACUCCAAAGAUAUUGAAAAUUAUGAAAAAAUAAGAAAUAUCAAAAAUUGGUCAGAAAAAGCAGCUGCUCCUCUUAAAGAAUUGUACGGUGCAGAAAAAUUGCAAGAAAUUCAAAACAGUUGGUGUGACGCUAUGCUUGAAAUAAACAGAAAAGGGGGAGAUAUUUGUGAUACACUCCUAAAGAAUAUCGAAUGUCCCACCCUUAUUUUGCAUGGUGACAAGGAUCCUCUUGUUGGAGCUGAGCAUUAUGAAAAUUUAGUGACCAAAAUCAAGGGGGCUAAGCUACAUAGAUUUCCAGAUGGAAAGCAUAAUAUUCAUUUGAGAUAUGCCAAGGAAUUCAAUGAUAUUGUUACCAAAUUUUUGUUGAAUGAAGGGAAAUGAUUUGUUUUUUGGAGAUAUCCUAUUUCAGCAAAGGAUGGAAAAUUAUCAGUUUGAUACUAUAUUUUGAAAUCUAUUUUUUAUGGUGUUAUUGGUUUCACCAAUUCAGAAAAUUUAAUAUUAAAAUCAACAAAUGUAUUCAUAA